AUGAAUCUUUUACUUCCAAUCUUAGUAUUUGCGUUGCCACGAUUCAUCUGGUCGAUUAUUACCAGAACAAUUCCAUAUGGUGCUCCUUUUGAUUUGACAAACAAAAAUAUCACCUUCCUGAUUUCGCACCCUGAUGAUGAAGUUAUGUUCUUUGGCCCUUCAUUGGCCCUACUAACGAUUCCUGAGUUCAAUAAUACUGUCUCAAUUGUGUCAUUAUCUUCAGGAAACUCCGAGGGUCUUGGCGCUACCAGAAAGAUAGAGUUGGCAAGAAGCGCCUGGUAUUUUGCAAUCCCUCCUUCGCGUCUCUUCGUUGUUGAGAAUGAAGAAGAUUUCCCUGAUUCAAUGGAGGCUGCUUGGGAUCCCAAAUUGAUCUCUGAUGUAUUGGGAGAUAUUCCUGCUAUUUCUAAUACUGAUGCUAUUGUUACUUUCGACUCUCAAGGUGUUUCUGCCCAUACGAACCACAUUGCUACUGGUAAGGGUGCCUCUCUGUAUGUCCAAGAGCACAGUGAUGUUGGACUUUGGAAACUCGAGACCGUGUCCAUCUAUCGUAAAUAUCUGAUGUUUUUCGAUGCAUUCAUCAGUUACUAUGCUGUUCCUUGGGUAAGAAAGGUCCAUGAACAGAUUUAUGACAGUGAAUGGGCUGCUAAGUACGACCUGCUCAAGCACAUUCCUGAGCCCACCGCUGAACCUGUCCGUGCAUCAAUUAUCUCCCGACAGGUUCAAUUUACCCAGGCGAAGUCUGCCAUGAUUAAGGCUCAUGAAUCACAAAUGAAAUGGUACAGACAUGGAUGGGUGAUCUUUUCUCGCUACAUGAUUGUUAACGAUCUUAUCAAGGAAAAUUAG